AUGGCCAAGGAAGUGAUAGCUUCUGGCAAUCUUGAUGUCGACAAGGAAAUCCACACUCGGGAGGCCUCAGCCCAACUGGCAGAGCUGAUUUUUGAUGCCACUCGCGAUCACUCCCGUCUUUUAGAAGCCCUUCAAGACUAUCAGGCCAUCGUCCGACUGCUCAAAACGCCAUCUCUGCAACGGGCAAUGUACCUGGACAAACUGGCAUACCUAGAGAUGACGCUUUUCAGUGUCACCCGAUCCAUGAAAGUGCUUGACGACUCUAUCGCUCACUCCACACAAGCAAGGGACGAUGCGCUGCCCACAAAUGAUCCCCUUCUCGUCACAAUCUUUCAGAAUCUCGGGUACAGCGUAUUUCACAGAGCUCAGUUGACGGACAACCCCACCGAUAUUGACCAAGCCAUUGAAUGUGGCCAAGAGAUCCUUCACCGUGCAGCCCCGGACAGCCCAGGAUACCGAAGAAACAUGGUCAAUCUAGGCAGUCGCCUCUUCGCUCGAUACAGAAUGACUCGCCGAGCCGACGAUCUGGACCAGGCCUUGUCCCUCGUCGAUAAGCAGCUCGAGAUGAAUCCACCAGGCUCUAGUGAACAUGGGUCCGCAUUGCUGGUCAAAGCAAACAUGCUCCGAGACAAGUAUGAACAGAGUGGCGACAUCCAAGACCUCGAACGGGCCAUAUCUGGUUUCACGUCUGGGCUGGACUCAGACAAGAACUCGGAUGAACUUCGCUCUGACAUCCUCGACCAGUUGUCUCUCUUGUAUCACAAGAAAUACAAGGAGACAGGAGAAAAGGCGGACCUCGAGACAGCCCUUGGUUACUCGAGACAAAGGCUUCUAAACACUCCAGCUACAUACCCGACCCGACCAGCUCACAUUGCAGACUACCUAUCCCACCUUGUCGAAUACAUCCUGCUCGCUGACUCGAUGAGCACAGUGCAGGACGCCAUCAAAGAAGCUAGAUCGCACAGAGAUGAAGUGCCCAAGGCUCACGCGAAACAUCACUCCUGUAAUCUUUCGUUGGCUGGGUUGCUGUCGAAGCAAUAUCUCGUUUCCCACGACGUCAACCACCUCCGAGACCUCAUAUCGCACACCAUCUCAAGUGUCCACGAAUGGAACGAAAAGCUUGACGUCACUCGACCGAAAGUGCCUACUGACGAGCUAUAUCGCUUUUCGUCGUACAUCGGUGACAUCGAUCGUGCUCCGACGGGUGCUCCAGUUAAAAAGCAGGCCGCCGAGCUGCUGGAGGAAUGGCACAUUCCAGUUCAUGAAUCCCGGACACCAUUCGACAGCAUGGUUGCGAUGUGCCGAGUCCAUGUGGAGGAACUUGGAGUCUUGUGCAAGAACCUAGGCUCGGAUCAUGCACUGUCACAGGACGAGCGCAGUGCAGGCCUCGAUCAGGUCGAGAAGGAUCGAGCCGCCAAGGCAGCAGAGGACCGGAAAAGCUCGAGUCAGAUGCGAAACUUCCAACGCGAUGACUACACUGACCCAUUUUUUGGCCAUAGACAGUUGGCCGUCGACGCUCAACGGAAACGCAUCGUCGUCUCCAUGGAAGGCUUGGUCCGGAGUGUCCUUGGCUAUCAGGACGACGAAGAGGAGCCAAAAACAUGGUCCGAAUUCGAGGCUAGAGAGGCUCGGCUAGAACGCGAAUCACUUGAGAAGCAGCAGGCUGAGGGCAAAUUUCCCAAUCCCAAGCUUUGCCGACUAUGCCGACACGUCAAGUUAUUGAAAGCCACGGAUGGCGGUGCCUUCGUCUGGGACACCAACCAGUUUUUCCCGUUUGGAACUUACACUCAACUCCUCACGAGGAACCACUGUUCCAUAUGUCGGUUGAUAUUGUCCCUCACCACAGCGGAGGGAAGUCGGAGCCUACACUCACAACUAGCCAAUAUUGAUCCCGAGAUACAGGGCACACAAUUUCACGCCCAGGUCCUGCGGUCUGGGGAAGUGAUGCUUGGAGUCGAGUAUGGCAUGACGACAAUCGGAGCCCUGCGACUUCUCACUGCCAAAAAUCUGACCGAGGCUGUGAGACAGCCCUCUCAGGUUAUCGCCCUGAAGUCUGCCUUGGAUCACGGUGGCUCUCCCUUGUCUGCGCUCGAUGCAGAGGAUCAGAUGGUGGACUUCAACGGGAUCCGGACGUGGCUUUACGACUGUCAUGGUCUCCAUGGGGAACUUUGCAACGGAGUCAGCAAAACUGAGAGAUACCUCAAGGACAUCCCAUUGCUCCUUGUGGAUGUCCAAGACAACUGUCUGGUCCAGGCCACCUCCGCAGAGCGAUAUCUCACACUCAGCUAUGUGUGGGGCAAAGUCGACAUUUCCACCACAAAGACGACAAACCUCACGGUUCGACUGCGAAAGUCAAGCUUGGACCCAUCGAGCUUUCCAAAGACCAUCCGGGAUGCUAUGACAUUGGUCCGAUCGCUCGGAGAGCGGUAUCUGUGGACGGACGCGCUUUGUGUCAUCCAGGACGAUGACGACACAAGAGACCGAGACAUUUCAAAUAUGGAUAUCGUCUACCAGAAGGGAUUCUCCAAUAUCGUGGCUCUCGCAGGCAGCGAUGCCGACGCCGGCUUGCCAGGGGUCACCCCGAAAUCCAGACCGCCACAGAAGAUCGAAGUGCUGGAGAUCUCGAAGAACUCGGAGGAUCUUGCUCUCCGCGAUGAUGGGGAUGGUGACGGCGAGAUGGAAACACUUUAUAUGGUAGCUACCCCACGACCUCUGUCGUUUGCUCAGACAAGUUCGACCUGGAACACGCGCGGCUGGAUCUUGCAGGAGCAAACGCUUGCUCGUCGAAACAUUUACUUCUCGCCCAACUAUGUCUACUUCCAAUGCAACCAAGAAAUCCAGUGCGAAGUGACCUUAGAGGGCCCAAUCCAGGAGGACAAGUCCAGCCGCGGUAAGGGGGAAGGUGAACAGGGAGCGUCCGUGACCAUCAAGAAUCCACUCACACUGCUCAGGAAGAUUGAUGACCGCUCUGGACCAGAACACUUGCGACGAGUUUUUAGCGCUUACAGUGAACUUGUCGAAAUAUACACGAGACGCGAUCUGACACAGCCAACGGAUGUUCUGGAUGCCUUCGCGGGCAUGCUUUCGACGUUCAGAGACGAGUUCAAGAGCGAGAUCUUGUAUGGGAUCCCCAUCGCGGCAUUCGACUUGGCUCUUCUAUGGACUCCCACCCAGACCCUGAAUGGCCGACCUGGAAGGAAAUCUACUUCCCGAAUGGCAGCAUUCUCAACCUCACCGUCCGCGCCUGACACCGAAGACGCCAUCAUCCAGAAUUUCCCAACGUGGUCGUGGGCAGGGUGGAUCGGCAGUGUUGAUUACCGACUCCUCCCGCUCGACAAGGAACCCGCUCCCGAAUCCCUCAUCGGCGAGAUCUACAUCAUCCGGCACGGCAAGAUCCUCCGCCUGAUCAAUUACCACCGGCCCUGUCCCGACAAAGACGCAAAGGCCUCGCCGGAUCUCCUCAACGCCUACUUCGGCCGCAUUAGCACUGACGCGCGACAAACAUUCCGGGACACCAUUCUGCACGUGCGCCUCCCGAUCGUCUCUCGCGCCGGCUUCACCAUCGACCGCAGCCGCUCGCCCGACUACCUGAGCAGCAACCAACACGUGCAUCUGCAGACCAGCCAAGCCGUGGUGCGCAUCCACGACAAGGCAGGCCGACACUGUGGCAUCCUCUUCGAACAUCUUGACUACCAUUCUUUCUUGCAGCUCGUUCGCGGCCAAGACAUGAGCCAAAUCGCCGCGUCGCUGGAAUCCAUGAUGACGCUCGACGACAACGCCCUGGUUGCCGUGUCGCACACCAAGGACACCUACGGGCGCCGCGAGGCGCUGACCCGAGUGGAGGGGGAUGUGAAGCGGUUUGAUGCGUCUGAGUUUCCGGAGCAGGGGCCUGGGAGCGCGCUGGUGAAUGUCUUGGUUCUCAGGCCGGCCGUGGGGUGUUUUGAGAGGAUUGCGGUCGGGCAGAUCCACGUGAGGGCGUGGGAGGAGGCCGGGCCGAAGAGGAUGUGGAUCAAGAUUGGAUGAAGGGGUGACGGGACCGCAUGAAUGUGUUUGAGAUUGACGUGCUUACACAACUGUCUAUCCCUAUAGCAAGCAUGUGCCGAGGGCGACGGAACCUUCAACCGUGCCACCCCUCCACUCUUGCAAAAGAUACCCGACAAGGAUUUGGCGGCGAUUGCGAUAGCGAUAGGCGAG